UAUUCUAUAAUUAUUAUUGUGGUUGGGCCUCACAAAAGAAAGAGUGUCGACUCUGCCAAUAGCAAAAACAGAAGAAAACAUGUUGGCCUGUUGGAUGACCCGGCCCAUUUUCCCGAACUGUAUUAGCAAUUUCAGAACCGCGUUUUGUUGCCGAGCAGAGGAUCAAACAGUGUCUCCCGCCGAACAGCAGCAGCAGCAGAAGAAGAAAGUUGUGAUUGUCGGUUCGGGCUGGGCCGGGCUUGGCGCUGCUCACCAUCUCUGCAAACAGGGAUUUGAUGUUACGGUUCUGGAAGGAGGUUAUGAACUUGGCCCCAAAUCCAAAUCAUUUACACCAGAUGACGCCGCUAUUCGUGGUUUUUGGUAUCCGUAUCGAAAUAUAUUUAACUUGGUUGAUGAACUUGGUGUCGAACCCUUUACGAGUUGGACAAAAUCGGCUCAAUAUUCAGAGAAUGGUCUCGAGGUCGAGUAUCCAAUAUUCAAAGACUCACCGUCGCUGCCUACUCCAUUCGGGACAUUAUUCAACACACAGUUUGUUCGACUACCCAUCAUAGAUCUGUUGACAUCACUUCCACUAAUGGCUGCAGUGAUCGAUUUUGACAACACCGACUCUUCAUGGAGAAAAUACGAUCCGAUCACCGCAAGGGAGCUUUUUAAACAAUUUGGAUGCUCUGAGAGAAUCUUUCGUGAUGUUUUCGAUCCAUUAAUUCAAGUGGGAUUGUUUGCUCCAUCUGAGCAAUGUAGUGCAGCUGCAACUCUAUCGAUGCUAUAUUAUUUCGUUUUAGCAAACCAGAGAAAUUUCGAUUCGGUGUGGUGUUGUGGAACAACAAGGGAGAAAAUAUUCUUGCCAUGGAAAGAUUUAUUGAAAAGCCAAGGUUGCAGAUUUCUCGAGGGAAGGAGAGUUACAGAUAUAGUGCUUAAUGAAGAAACGGGAUGCGUUUCUCAAGUUAUAUGUGAUAAAGAGAGUUUUAAGGCCGAUGCUUCGAUAUUCGCUGUUGGAAUUUCCACUCUGCAAGAAAUUGUCCAAAGAAGUGCAGCAUUAUGUGCAAGAGAAGAGUUUCUGAAAGUAAUGAAACUGAGCAGCACAGAUUUGCUUACGGUUAAGCUUUGGCUUGAUAGAAAGGUUAGCAUACCGUAUGCAAGCAACGUGUCUUCUGGAUUCGACAAUGCUUGCGCAUGGACUUUUUUCGACUUGAGUACGAUAUAUGAUGAGUAUAAAGACAGUACAUCGACAAUCAUCCAGGCUGAUUUUUAUCAUGCGAAUGACUUGUUGCCUCUAAAGGACGAGAAAAUAGUCGAAAAAGUGAUGUCAUGGCUUUCAACGUGUAUCAAGGACUUUGAAAAUGCAACUGUUAUUGAUCAAGAAAUCGGCAGAUAUCCGAAAUUCCACACGCAUUUCUUUCCAGGCUCGUAUAAGUACAUGAUGAGAGGAUCAACAUCUUUCCCUAAUGUUUACAUGGCUGGAGAUUGGAUAGUAAACCGACACAGCUCAUGGUCACAGGAGAAAUCUUACGUGAGCGGGCUUGAGGCUGCCAAUAGAGUGGUGGACUAUUUAGAGGAAGGAGUUUUCGCUAAAAUAGUGCCGGUUCAAGACGAUGAACCGCAUAUUCAGUCACUCAGAAACUUGAAUCGAAAUCUCGAUGAUGUAAGAGCACAGCUUCCAUGGUUUAACUAUUUUAUUCAGUAAUCCUAUGUCUGUAUAUAUUUGUUGCUGUCUGUGUGUAUUUUUUGAAAUUUGUACAUUUGUCCAACAAUAUUAAUUAUUAUAUGUAUAUAAUAAUACAAUUAGAUGGUGGUGUAUAAUUUUUUAUUUUUUUUGGCAAUGAAGGAACUCGCAGGUGCAUUGGGUAAA